AUGGCACUCUUGGCACAACAUACGCCGCACAGCAGCCUCUCGCAGUCGUCGCGGAGCCCGUCCUACCCAGCUGGGGAGGCUUCGUCUGUACGAACAAGCUUGACGCUGGACUCUGGCUCACCACUUCUCCCAUGCAACAAUGUCACCACUCUGACAGGACUGGAGAACUUCGAAGCUUGGUUCAUGAGCCUGGAGGCUGCACUCAGACCGACGGAAUGCUGGAACAUCUGGCGUAGACGAGAAAUCAACGAUUUGGAAUUCAUCGCAGCUUCCCGCUCUCGACGAGCAAAGUACAAACGCCGCCAGCCGACCAUCGCCAAAGCCGAAGUGUUCCAUAUUCGCCUCCGAAUGAUUAUCGAUCUCAUACUUGGUACCAUUGACCCCGGCGUCCGAAGAUACAUCAACGAGCCGAAGAUUGCUAGCUUUUGGACUGUCGAUAAUGUCCACGACAUCAUCAUCGACUUGUUCUUUCUCCUAUUGCUGGAAGACGCUAUCGCGCGUGGCCCGGCAGGAGAGAUGGCACAGUUCUCUGCGUCGUUCGCUUUGUCAGCGCUAUCACAACAUACGACAGUCGGGUGUGCGAUGCCUCUGGACGAUGUCAUGGCGCAGAUGCAAGAUCUUGAAGAAGGAGUCCCGAAUAGCUUGAAGAGGCUUGUUCGCAGACGAAAGGCUGAUCUGAGCAAGCGAAUGGAGAAAGCCAAGACUCUCAUGUCCUAG